CUUGCUGGAAAGUCUGAUUCGGAACAUUUCCGGCGCAGAUGAGGCUGCUGGCUAUUCAGGGCCACAAGACGUCUCUUCUAUGAGCUGACAGUAUAUAUCCCAAGGGUCAAAGCCGAAAGCCCUGAGUCCGCUCUCUGUACCCUAGCGGCUAUGGAUUUGGAGCUCCAAGCCUCAGUCGUCACGCUGGCUGCUUCGCUUUGGCUCAACAGGACUUUGACAGUCAUCGCUAUAUCGUUGUUGUAUUAUGACUAUUGUGUGAUGCUUGACACAGAGAUCGAGCAUUUUUGGAGACGAGCUAGCAUCUCCCCGAUAUCCGUUCUUUUCGUAUUCAACCGUUAUCUCGGUCUCCUAGGACCCCUCCCUAUCCUUGUGGAGUACUUCGUUGUCCUGUCUCCCUCCGUGAGCGACUGCCGGGAGCUGCAGAGUUAUCACCAAUGUUACGCCAUCGUCGGCCAAAUAGUCGUGGCCCUGGUUCUACUUCUUCGCACAUACGCCCUGUACAACCGUAGCUGGCAAGCCUUGGUCGGCCUGUCUGCGUUGACGGCAGUGUUGCUGGUGACCACGCUCGUUGCGGAGUUCAUGAAGACGACUACCGUCACCUCGUCGACAGGCCUCGAGGUUUUGUUCGACGUCUGCGACCUCGCCUUGACCCACGAGCAGUGCGUACAUUCCCGCCGCUCCGUGGGCUGGAUGGCCAAUCUCUGCCUGGAUACCACGAUCUUCGUCCUCACGCUCGUCAGGACGGUGAAAAUGCGGCGCAGCUAUCUGCACCACGAGCCGUUGAGGACCCUCUUCCGUGACGGUGAGGGCUGUACGGCCUGUGCUGCGCCUCGAGGCUCGCUGACGCUCGAUCUCCGUGGAGGUGCGAUCUACUACGGCAUCCUCGUAGCCGUCGGCGUAGCCAAUCUCGUGACAUUCGUGCAGUUCGACGACAGGGAUCACGGGGUCGCGACCACUCUGGGCAACGCGCUGUCCAGCACGCUGGUGUCGCGCAUCUGCCUCAACCUGUGGGAUAGGCGGCUGCGCGCCGACGGAGGAGGAGGCCGGGGUGGGCUGCUGACGAGCGACUGUGCGCCGAGCGCGGGGGCUGCGGCGAGCGACGUUAUUGUGGAGUCGAUGUACGAUCCGUGAGUUCGCGGAUUCACGGAGGAGAGGUCACGUACUGUACUGUGGGCGAAUCAUGGACGCGGGUGCGGCCUGAUAGCAAUCCAAAAUGAUGUCACCUCGCAGGGUGUGUACUUGCAGACGCC